CUCAGAGACGCAUCAAGAAUGUAAUAUUGCAUGACUCAAAUAUCCUGUAACGUUAUUCUUAUGAUCACACAUUGUCAGACAUACAGAGUAGAGAUUUAUUUUCUUACGUUGUAACCAGAUUGAUAGGACAUAUUUUGUAUGACAUUUUACAUAGAUAUACAGGCAAUAAUCAAAAGAAAGGCCGGAUAUUAACUUAUGUAUUAGCUGUCGAGAAUAUUCGAUUAUUUUAGAAUCUGAUUCUAUUUCGUAUCCCAUUAUAUUUGUCGUUAACUUUCUUUAAAUUAGCAUUAAAAACAGAGUAUAAAGAAUGAAUAAGUGGCUUGAGACAAAAUAGAUAGAAUCAUUGACAAUGUCCGCUUCGGAAGAAACUCAAAGAAAAGAGAAGGCAUCAAAUAUAUCAUUAACUUCUCACCAGUACGAGACAAGGUUUGAAAACGAGGAAGCUUUCCAAAGUUUGGUGGAUUUUCUUGCAACCGAUCUCGCUAGCGUAAAAGACAAGAGACAUGGUUUCAAAAAAGUGCCGGUAAAGAAGAUUAAAUUUUCUGACGGUCAAGUGUCACCGGUUGUCGAGAAGAUAAAGAAGAAAUAUGCACACACCGCGUGUCCUCAUUGCCAGAGAGUUUACAACGAUUUUGAGACUUCAGUCCUUAACGGUUGUGGCGUGACGAAUCAUAGAAGCAACAAUGAUCAUAUGUGCGUCAGACUUUUAACAGAGGUAGAAGAGCAAGCAAUACCGCGGAUAUGUGUACCUUCUGUAAAGCCACUGGAACUUAGACUUGAUUUGUUUAAAUAACUUCAAAUUCCAAGUUGCUUGUUUUCUUUUGAUGAUACUUUAUAAAGAAUCUGACUUUACGAACGCAAAAUUAUUUUGUCAUCUUCAAAGCUGUUGCCAGAGGUAAUUUGAAUAAAUUAUUUUAAUUUUAAUUUUUUGUGUGAAAAGUCUAUAACGCUUUCACAUAUAUAACAAUAAAAUUUCAGAUAUAAAUGUUCGAUUUCUUAAUGAAAUGUAUAUUUAAAUGUAUUCAUGUAUUUAACAAUAAAAUAUGUUAAAGAUUGAACGCAUUUACUACAACAUUUUCGAUUAUUUUUCAAGUUUUGUAUCAACUUUGUGAAAUCGCUAGAUGUCGCUCUGAAGCACUAAUAGCAGAUUAAGUUUCUCGGACAUCCUGCGCUUUCUCUUAUUUAGAUAGGCGAUUUUAGUUUUUUGUAGCUCCAAUAUUGAGUCAAUUGCUCUUUUGAAAUGAAUUUGAGGUGUCGUUAGGGAGCAAUUAACGUGAUUUAGAUGGCAGUAUUCUACACAUCCUAUCUUCUCAUUUGGCUGUCAAUUGAUGGAUAAUGUUGUGUUGAAUAUCUACAAUGUCCCUCCUUUGUAAAUAUUGAAUAAAAUAUACCGUUAUUGCGCUUUUUUCAUGUAAGUCGCCUUUCU